AUGAAGACCACGCGGAAAUGUCGCGCGCUGCUGUCCGUGGGUCUGAACCUCGUGGCUCUGUUUUUCUCCACCACUGCCUUCAUCACCACGUACUGGUGCGAGGGCACCCAGCGCGUGCCAAAGCCCAACUGCAGCAAGCAGCGGCGCCACAACUGCAUCGACUACGGUGUUAACGAGACGGACAAGAACAAGGUGCACUACAGCUGGGAGACCGGGGACGACCGCUUCCUCUUCCGUCGCUUCCACACGGGCAUCUGGUACUCCUGCGAGGAGAACAUCAACGAGGCAGGUGAGAAGUGUCGGAGCUUCAUUGAUCUGGCCCCGGCGUCGGAGAGAGGUGUGCUGUGGUUGUCGGUGGUGUCCGAGGUGCUCUACAUCCUGCUGCUGGUGGUUGGCUUCAGUCUGAUGUGUCUCGAGCUUUUCCACUCAAGCAACGUCAUCGACGGACUUAAACUCAACGCCUUCGCCGCCGUCUUCACCGUGCUGUCGGGUCUCUUGGGUAUGGUGGCCCACAUGAUGUACACUCAGGUGUUUCAGAUCACAGUCAGUCUGGGUCCAGAGGACUGGAGGCCUCACAGCUGGGACUACGGCUGGUCCUUCUGCAUGGCCUGGGGUUCCUUCACCUGCUGCAUGGCCGCCUCCGUCACCACGCUCAACUCCUACACCAAGACGGUGAUCGAGUUCAGGCACAAACGCAAGCUGUUCGAGCAGGGCCUGCGCGAGGAGCAGAACUUCCUGGACCAGGAGGCCUUCCACUACUUUCGGGACCGCUCCAUGCAGUCCAUCUCCAGCACGGUGGAGGUCUACCCUGGCCACAGCGGAGCCAGAGGCGGGCUCAUAGUCGGGGGGCCGUGUCCAGGGCCGUGUCCAGGGCUGGGUUCUGGUCCAGGACGGGGCCAGAGAGCCACGUCAGCCUCCAUAGACCUGGGGGAGAACACAGACUCGCUGGGGGAGGAGCAGUGCUGAGUAUCGGGGGGGAAAAGCUUCUUUUGGUUCGAACUGUCCGGGUGUUCUGCCACCGAACACAAAAGCACAGCAUACCUUAUUUCAUGAAUAAGAUUAACUUGACAAGAAGGGACAGAGUAGUUGUAAUAAAUAACUUUAGAGAGGUGUGUUCUUUAUAUAUUAAAUGAGAAUUAAUAUAAAGUGUGAAAAACAGAGGUGUGAGAAUUAGGAUACUUCUCAGAUGGAAAGUUCUCCAGCAUAUCUCAAGGAGUUAUGUGUAGAACAAAAGCACAGCAGCCCUUAUUCCCUUUCAUAUUUGUUGUAACAAAAUAAUUGUUUUAAAGAAUAUUAGACAAAUAUGUACUUAUUAUAUGAAAUGCAAAUCACCAUUAAGUGUGAGAAACCUUUUGAGAGAUUUUUGACUCUGAAAUCUGGGAAUUAAGAUUCUUCGUGGACGUAAAACAGCUGUUCCAGUAUAUUUCAAGGUGCUAUGUGUAGUAUUUUAUAGGAUAUGAUAAUACUUUAUUGGCAGAUAAUGUGUACAUUGUUCUUGCAUUAUAGCAGCUUCAAUUUGAAAUAUUAAAAAGGACAAAUAUUUACAACAAGAAACAAGGGAACAGACAUUUAUUCUAACUAUGAUAUUAACCAUUUUGAUGAACUAAAGAGGGCAUUUGUAACUCCUUUGGCGAAAAGCAGGAAUAAAAUGGAUGCUAGAGUUACAGUAUAAACGUUAUAAUGUGAAGUUACACAGGAAUAUCUAACAUUAGCCCCUCUAAGCUAGUUCUAUGUUAUAUGUAUUCUAAAGCUACAUUUUAAGGUAGAAAGAUGACAUUAGAAGAGAGUCUUGGUGAAUAUCUUGGAUAAGAGAGAAACCAAAAGUUGCGAUGAGGUGUAAUGCAUGCAGGUAGAACUAAUGGGAGCAGUACUUUUUGAAUGCUGACAGAUUGAAUGUUGUAACUUUGUUAGAUGAUAGGUAUUAGACGGAAGUUUUACACUCUGGAUAUUGUCUCUCAUUCUCCCUUUGGCUUUACGGAACAAAGAGGGACUGAUUAAAAGGAAGUAGCAUGAUCUGUUAAAACACAAAAUACUACACAUAGCACUUUAAAACAGGUCUUGUCCAGGCCAUGCUCUAUUUAUGUCUCAAACUGUGAAUACUAAUGUUGAUUAAGUGUUAUUGCUGUUUGUGGAAACGGAGUAUCAAGACCAAAUGUUUGAACUUCUUUAUUCCUCAGUCAUUUUGCUGUCCUCUAAUAAUGCACUUUAUGAGUGCAGGUGUGACUAUUUGCCUACAACUAUGUUAGGUGAGUUAGGUUUAGACAAUACAACUACCGGGAAAAAGAUCAUGGUUUGGUGUGUUAGGUCAUUUAGGUUUAAGGAUGAAAAUGUAAGAACCUAACAUUGACUUUGGUCUUUGUAAUCCAUUUAUUCUAUCUGACAUCCUCUAUAUGCAGACUCCGUAAAGUAUCAUUACAAACUGAAUUGUGAAACUUGAUUUUAGACCAGAAUGACCAAAAAGUGUCAUAUUGAAAUGUUCUGCACACUUUUAAGCAGGUUUCUCAUUAGGUGCCCCACUUCAACUUGACUGCCUUUGUGUUGAGGAGAACUCUAAUUUAGCAAAACAUGUUUGGACUUCAAACCAUAAAUCCCUCUCUCUUCCAUAUUUGGCAUUUUCCCCCUAACACCUCUACUGCUUCUGCUAAAUUAGUUUUUCUUUUGUCAGCUGAUUUUUAUGAUGGCAGGACUGGAAGCUCUGCCGUGUGAAGUUCUUUUUCUGUGACAUUUUUGUUAAUUAGACUUUCCCCGCAAAUGGAGCAAUUUGAGGGCAUCGAGCAUGUUAAUGAUCAAACGGUACGAGUGUGCACCUGCUCAUGAACAGGUGGGAUUUAUCAGGCUGAAAGAGGCAAUUUAUGACAGGGUUCUGUAGUUGGGAGAGCUUAAUGAAUGUGACUUUGAACACUAAGACUGAGAUGUUUGGGGAAAUAAUCUUUGAAAAAGGUUCUCGUAUGAGUCUAAUUGUAUUUGUUUAUACUGUCUUUAUAUCUUCAGAAGUAUUUAAAGGGGCCCCGAUAUGCUAUUUGGGGUUUAACCUUUCCUGUAGUGUGUUAUACAAGUUUUUGAGCAUGUAAAUGGUCUGUUAAGGCCAAUAUCCCAAAGUUCCCUCCAGAAAAAGUUCCCCCCACCUCACAAUCCCCCCUUUAACAUGAGUAGUUUACAGUUAUUUAGGGACUUUGGGCAAAUAUUGACACAAUGCAUCCAUAAAAAAAACAUUAGAGCAUAAAGCUAAUUAUAAAGGCUUUCACUCAUGCACAAACUUUAUUAUUUCCCAUAUUUCAUGGAAAGGGACAGUUCUGUUUGUUGGCAGGGCUUUGGGGCCAAACACAUGAUUGACAGCUCCAUCACCCGGAGGUCAGAGGUCAACCCUCUCAGGAAGCUAAUGUGCUCCUACGGCACAGUGUCCUUGGGGAAGCUGCUGCAGGAAAGCGUUGACCUCCGACCUCUCUGAAAAUUGACUGCAUAAAUGUGCUGUAUGUAAGUCUCAAGGGGAUGUGCACUGUAUCGAGAAAAUAACUCAAAAUUGUAACCCAGAGCUAAAGUUCUCUAAAAGAAAAAGCAGACAAUAAGUGGCUGUGUUAGCGGCCGAAAUCGAUACAUCACAGGUAAACAAACACUUCUGUUCAAAUAUGAAGUGAGUAUUCAAAAGAUUAUCUUGGAUUGUUAUCCUUUUAGUCCCUACACAACCAAAACUGUG